AUGUCACGAGGUGACGAUGAUACAUUUCAAGAAUUCCCUUACGACCUCAAACAACAAGUAGCCAAGCAGGUCCCCGACCACAAAGUCGAGUCAGUCGUCUACCCCAAGUAUGAGACGAAAGGCGAGCUUGAGCAAGCCACCGAAUCCUUUCUGGAAUGGUAA